GUCACAAUGACGUCUAGCAUUCGUGUUUUGUAAACUAAUUUUCCGAAAUGAAAAAAUUACAGUGAAAAACAACAUGCAAAACGCACCAAACAGGCCGCAAUCGUAAAUUAAAAAAUUCGACUUACUAUUUAUACGCAUACCAACCGCAUUUAAUGACCGCUUUCGCAGUGGAAAUGGAACGACAAGCCCAAAUGUACCUGAAGCAAAAGAACUGGUCGCAGGCGAUAGAGCUGCUCGACGGUUUACUAGCCGACGAUCGACUGCGAAACGACGUCGAAAAAACCGUCUCCUUUCUAACAGACCGAGCCGAGUGCUACUUGGAAUUGAACAAGCACCAAGCCGUCAUCGCCGAUUCAAAGGACAUCAUCAAACUGUGUCCCGACCAGAGCGAUUACAACGUUUGCCUGGCUAGAAAAAGACUCAUACAUUCCUUGUAUAUGCUCCAACGUUUCGCAGAAGCCGACAUGGCCGCCCGAGAUUGGCUGAUAUUAAUCCAAGAAUCGGACGUAAAUAAAGAAACUAAAGCCGCUUUAGAAAGCCUAUUAGGCGGUUUCAUCAAUUGCACCAACGCCAAACAGAAGAAUUUCAAUUUACUGAAAAUAUUAGACGCCAAUUUCACCAACGGUUUCAACGCUACCGCCAAGACGAAACCGAUGCGACCGACGACGCCCGCCGUCGCCUGCGUCUACUGCGACCUGGCGUUCGCCGACAAGGCCGAGCUGCGCGCCCACUGUCGCACCGACGCCCACCAAACGGCCGUCAUGUCGGACGACGGGCGCGACUGGCGGUGGCGGCCGCCGCCGCGCGGCCUCACCAGCGACGCCUACCUGCUCUGCGACAAUUGGCGCGACGCCCGCUGCUGUCGCUACGGCGUCCAGUGCGUCCGGGCGCACGGCGACGACGAGCUGGCCGAAUGGCGCGAACGGUUCCGCUACCGCGAGAUGAGGAUGAUGCGCGCCAAGGAAAAGGAACUGUUCGGCAAAUCGUAUACUGAAGAUAUCUUGGAGAAAUGGUCGCAAUCUCUUCACCCCGAAUCGCUGAUGCGUUGUCGUAUAGACGACGUGGACGAUCGUUGCGAUCGCCCUCUAUCGGUUACUGUUUCGUCGAAAAAUAGCGUGCACGAAUGGACUUACACGAUGAAAACGAAGCGUCCGCUGAAGGCGGUCGCGUUGCUCCAAGACACGCAUCGAAAUCACUUCUUCAUCGGCGGCAUCUACGUGAAAAAUUGCAAAAUCGAUUUGAAAAACAACCAGGAGUGGAUAUCCCCGUCGUCCACUAACCAGGAAUCGAUGCUCUCCGUUCGAUACAGAAUCAACGUCGUUUUUACCACCGGCAUUUACGGCACGUUCCGGCAAUCGAUAGCGUUCGAUUUCUCAUCGGGCCCGCUGCUGGUGAAGCACAUGUGCGUGGACGUGGCGCCCGACACGGACCUGCAGAUGAUCCACGACAUACGCAAGGAGAUCACCGUUUCGAUGGCCGAGCGUUGGACGUCGCCGGGCGUCGACGUCGUACCGUACCAUUCGACGGUCGAGAACGACGACGCCAACGAGGAGUGGGAGAAGCGGCUGAGAUCGAUGUACCCGUGUCCGAUGGCGGAGACGUUCGCGUUGUCGCGCGACACCGUCUCCGAGCCCGGCUUCACCAAGAACAACUACAGGGAGAGGAUGCACGAGCUGUUGUUUGUCGAAGAGAUGGCUAGAUACGACUUGAUAGCGCGCUACAAUUUAACGGCGAAACUGCAAAUCGCGCACAGCUAUAUUCUAUCGCCGAAUAGCGCUGCGGCCAGUACGGCUAAGUACUCGAAUAACGGGGAAUUAUUCGCCUCUGUGAAUUUAUGCAGGGAGCUAUCGGAGGAUACUUCGGAAGGGCGUCUCAUUUUGAUGCACUGCAACAGCGUGUAUCUAUCUCUUAAGACUUCCAGAGAAGCGAAAGAGACGAAACGCAGAGUAUACGAAGCGAGAAUCGAAGAUAAGGGAAAGGACGCCAUUUAUUUGCGAUUGAGCGCCGCGACGGUCGAGGAAUUGAAAUUAACGCCCGACUCGGACGUGGAGGUCGACAUACAGUUUCAAUUGAACAGAAUACCGUACUGCGAGUGGCAUUACACGUUGGACAAAAUCUCCGAUUUCGGAUUGAUAUUCCCGGAAACUUAUUUGGAACCGAACAUUCCGUGGUCGCCGUCGCGACAAUGGUCCAAAACGUUAGAUUCCCGAUUGAACAUCAAACAAAAGGAGGCGGUGAACGCCAUAACGACUCCCAUAAAUAUACAGUUACCUCCUAUACUCGUAAUAGGACCAUUCGGUACUGGUAAAACGUUCACGUUGGCGCAGGCGAUGAGAGAAUUGAUAAAGGACCGAUCGCAUCGGAUUUUACUGUGCACUCACUCGAACAGCGCCGCUGAUCUCUAUAUUAGAGAUUAUUUGGAUCGAUGGGUAGAGGAAGGCGUCGAGGAGGCUCGACCGUUGAGAAUUUACUACACCAAACGUUGGGUGUCCACCGUGCAUCCGUCUGUUCAAAAGUACUGCCUGAUCAAAACCGACGGCGCGUACCGCCACUUCCUGCCGCCGACGCUGGCCGAUCUGUCGCCGCGACGCGUCGUCGUCGUGACGCUGUCGACGUCGUCGUAUCUGUCGCACGUCGGCGUGCCGCGCGGCUUCUUCACGCACAUCCUCGUCGACGAGGCCGCCCAGGCGAUCGAGUGCGAAACGGCGACGCCGCUCGCCGUCGCCGGCGCCGAGACGCGCGUCGUCCUCGCCGGCGAUCACAUGCAGCUCGGGCCCGACGUCUUUUCGCCGUUCGCCAGAGAACGGGAGCUGCACGUCUCGCUGUUGGAGCGGCUCUACGACCGGUAUCCGGCGAGGUUUCCCUGUAAGAUACUGUUGUGCGAGAAUUACAGAGCGCACGAGAGCAUCGUCCGCUUCACAUCGGAAUCGUUCUACGAUCAGAAGAUGGUGGCCAGCGGCAAGCAACCCCGCCACGCCGACUUCUAUCCGUUGACGUUCUUCACCACCCGAGGCGAGGACGUGCAGGACAAAAAUUCGACGGCCUUCUACAACGAUUCGGAGGUGUACGAGGUGGUGGAGCGCGUCAGCGAAUUGAAGCGAAACUGGCCGAUCGAAUGGGGCUCGUACACCGAUCAAUCGAUCGGCGUCGUGACGCCUUACGCCGAUCAGGUGUUCCGGAUCAGAUCCGAGUUGAGAAAGCGACGCGUCGACAACGUGGGCGUCGAGCGGGUGCUGAACGUGCAAGGUAAACAGUUUAGGUGCGUGGUUUUGUCGACCGUGCGAACGAGGAAGACGUGUCGCGCGGACGCCAGCCAAUCGGAGGUCGAUUACGGUUUCCUGUCGAACGCGAAGCUGCUGAAUACGGCGAUCACGAGGGCGCAGAGUUUGGUCGCCGUGGUGGGCGAUCCCAUAGCGCUGUGCUCGUUGGGCCGGUGCAGCAAAGUGUGGGAGAGAUUCGUGCAGAUUUGCAACGAUAACGGCAGCUUGUUCGGAAUCACCUGGACCCAAUUGAAGUUGCAACUCGAUGGUAUCGAGCUGAAGAAAAUCUACACGUUAAAUCCAUUGGCGCCGGAAUUUAUACCUCGGAGAUACAAAGAAUUGCGCGUAGUACAACCACCUUCCGAACCACCUAUGGUCGAUGUAUCGUCGAAAGAACCGCCACAACCGGUGGUCGCACCGCCGCCACCUCCGCCGCCCACUACUUUAGUCUCUCAACUACCGCCGCCGGUUAUUUCACCCUAUCCCCUGCAAGAUUUGCGCUUCUUUCCCCAGCUACUCUAUCCCCAACAACCCCGUCCGUUUCUGUUCAAUCUCAUCCCGCCGCCGCUGACCAACGGUUACGCGCGACCGCCGCCGAUCGUCGAUCCCGCCGCCAUGGUGGCCAGGCUCCGCCAGCCGCUCAGGACUAACAACAAAUCCGUGGCCGUGCCGUCGACGGCUCGAGCGCAGAACGCCGGCGAUUUGGGCUUGAGCAUCGGCCGGGCGGGCGUGCAACAAGUGUCCAGCAACAAGUUGAUACAAUUCAUGAACAACGUUCACUUCCCGGAGGCGCACGUGCUCAACGAUUGCGUGAAUUUGUUGCCGCAAAGCAUGUCGUUGGCCGAUAUGCUGCUGCAGCCCGCCAGCCUACAGGAAAGAUGGUACGAUUACUUGAAGGCGACGUCUGGCAUAGAAGCCGCCGAGAAGUUCAAAUACCUGUUGCACACUACGAAUCAAAAGGGCAGUAAACCAUCGGACGGGGCGCUGUUCGAUCGAUCGACGCCCAGCGACUCGCCGACGUUCUGUUGGUACGACAGUCCCACCAAUCAAAUAAACUUCGACAAGUCGGUUUACAUGACGGAGAGGACGGCCGGCGGCGGCGUGGUGGUCGCCGCGACGGCGGCCGACGGGCGUAUCGAGAGGCGGCCGGACGAGGCGUUCGCCAAUCUGAGCGUCGUCGAUGACAGCGACGUCGACGAGGUGUUUAGGGCGUUCACGCGCAAGGGCGACGCCAUCUCGGCCAACGGCGACGCCCAGCAGCGCGGCGUUACGGUACCCAAGUUUUACAAGUACUUUCAGUAAGGGCGGGUGCGUCCAGUAGUCUUUUUCGAUGUCCCGCGUAUAUAGUAACAAAUGAAUUGUUUUCGGUUUUUCUACCAACGUCUGUAUGUAUAUUGUAUAUAAAUUGUAUAAAUAUUGUGUUAUUUGUUGUUUAAGUAAGUAGAAUUACGUAUUUCUUGCUUUUCUUUUUUACUAUUUAUAAAAUAUAAAACUUUGUAUACUUGUACUUAAGUUAAAUACAUAACGUACGAUGAUAA